AUGCCUCCACCACUCAUCUUCCCUUUUAUAAGGACGGGCGUCGCGCUGCUGCCCCUGGGGUGAGCAGCAUGAUUCAAAAGCCUAGCGCAGCAGCCGGGCCAACACAAGUCCCACGAAUUUGCGCAGCCGCUCCCUAAGAGUAAUCCCAAGAGUUGACAUUGUCAGUGUCUUCGACCAUAAUUACCAUUACCCGAAAAUCCCAGUCGAGCUGUCUGGCCCCGGAAAGCAAAUGGAAAUGGCAUCCUAUGUCCUCAGGCACGUCCACAAACUAUAUGGGCUUCCUUUCACGGACGAAUCAUUGGUCGACGUCCCCAAAAUCCCACUGGCCCUCCUCUCUCCUAGCCGUGCCGUUCGUAUGUUAUCCACCCACGUUCGGAUUUCACCCCGCACAACCUAACUACGGUAUGCAUAGGAAAUGGAGCACGGGGAGCUCCAUCGAGAAUGGUUGAUCUUCUUGCGUGUCAGGAAGUACGUCAUCCUUUUCCUGGGCGAGCUCGGAGAUGACCCGCGCUAAUGGCCCCCGAACGAGGACCGCGUGGGUAGUCAACACGUUCAAACGCACGGUGGAUAUUUGUGGGAAUUGUGCCGGACAGGAAGAAGCGGACCAGUUGUUCUCUGGAGGUGUAGAUAUAACCAACGCCCUCUAUAAUAAGUUGGACGGCGCUGGCUCUAUCUUGGACCAUAAAGGGGAGAUGGAAACAUGCCUGGCAGAAAAUUUGAGGUGGAAGGAUUCUGAAGGCAAGCCUCCUCCUGGAGCGCUCUGGCUAUGCUGCCCACGGCUACUAACAGGAAUAUUUGGCAAAAUGACGAAACCGAACAUACGGUUGAUUAGCCUCAGGAGAAGCCGAACAGUCUGUUUGUUGGUGUCAAGAGCUUUGUACUGCUUUACCCAACCGACGAGUUUCCCAUCGACGGGGAGGAAUUCUGGUCAACCCCUAAGAUCGUCGACUAA